CCAUCAGCGCUGCGUCAGAAGCGCGUUCACUGCAGCAGGAGAGAGAGGAACGCGCUGCUGCGGCUCUGAACAUCUUCACCCGGCGAGAUUCAUGAUCAAGUGUUCAGGAGGAAAGGUGUUCAUCCGUCAUCUUUCGUCAUGGUGUCGAUCUCGGAGUGGUACGCGGGGAAGAACGUGCUGAUCACGGGUGCCACGGGCUUCAUGGGGAAGGUGCUGGUGGAGAAACUGCUGCGCUCCUGUCCUGACGUCAACGCUCUCUACAUCCUGGUUAGACCGAAGGCGGGUCAGUCCAUGUCUGAGCGCGUGCAGGACAUGAUGAAGUGCAAGCUGUUUGACCGCGUGCGUGAAGAUAAUCCAGAGUUUCAUCAGAAGAUCAUCGCCAUCAGCAGUGAAUUAAUGCAGCCUGGUCUGGCCAUCAGUGCACAUGAUGUACAAACACUCACUUCCCGUGUGCACAUCGUCUUCCACUGCGCCGCCACCAUACGCUUCGACGAGCCACUCAAGCAUGCUCUUCAGCUGAAUGUGAUGGCGACGCAGCAGCUCCUCUCUCUGGCGCAGCAGAUGCAGCAGCUUCAGGCCUUCAUCCACAUCUCCACCGCAUACGCAAACUGCAACCGCAGACACAUCGACGAGCUCAUCUACCCGCCGCCUGUCGAGCCCAGAAAACUCAUCGACUCGCUUGAGUGGAUGGAUGAGAGUAUCAUCCGUGACAUCACGCCGCGUCUGAUCGGUGAUUGGCCGAACACCUACACCUACACUAAAGCUCUGGCUGAGUGUGUGGUGCAGCAGGAAAGCGCAAAACUCAACGUGGGCAUCAUCCGACCCUCCAUAGUGGGAGCCAGCUGGCAGGAGCCCUUCCCUGGUUGGAUAGAUAACUUCAAUGGCCCGAGUGGUGUUUUCAUUGCUGCUGGGAAGGGUAUCCUGCGCACCAUGCGGGCCAGUAAUGACGCAGUGGCAGAUCUGAUUCCUGUAGAUGUGGUGAUCAACCUGACGCUGGCAGCCGGCUGGUACACCGCUGUUAACAAACCUAAAACUGCCCUGGUGUACAACUGCACAACUGGAGGAAUAAACCCCUUCCACUGGGGGGAGAUCGAGCAUCACGUGAUGUCCACAUUUAAGAGGAAUCCUCUAGAACAGGCCUUCCGUCGGCCAAACGCAAACAUCACCUCAAACUACCUGAUCAACCAGUACUGGAUCCUCGUCAGUCACAAAGUCCCAGCGCUGCUGUAUGACCUGCUGCUGCGGCUCUCCGGACACAAACCACAGAUGAUGCGUAUUUUCAACCGUCUGCAUAAAGCCAUUGGUCUGCUGGAGUAUUUCAGCAGUCAGGACUGGGAGUGGAACUCUGAUAACAUGAACAUGCUGAUGGCUCAGCUGAGCACCGACGACAGGAAGAUCUUCAACUUUGACGUGCGUCAGCUGAACUGGCCUGAGUACAUCGAGAAUUACUGUAUCGGCACCAAGAAAUACGUUCUGAAUGAAGACAUGUCAGACAUUCCUGCCGCCAGACAACACUUGAGGAAACUGAGGAACAUCCGCUACACCUUCAACACAGUGCUGCUGGUCUUCAUCUGGCGUGUGUUCAUCGCCCGCUCUCAGAUGGCCCGUAACAUCUGGUAUUUCGUGGUGAGCCUCUGCUUCAAGUUCCUGUCCUACUUCAGAGCGUCCAGCACACUGACGCAAUGACCACAGCGCACAGGAAGUGUGUGUGUGUCCUCCUCCGCCCAGCACUUCCUAUUCCAGAGAGGUGUCUUCAGCCAUACAUAUACAGACACACACAUAUACACACACAAGCAUACAGUUGAAGUCUGAAUUAUUAGGCCUCCUAUAUGUUUAUUUCCCCAAUUUCUGUUUAACAGAGAGAUUUCUUCAACACUUAUUUAAACAUAUUAAUUUUAAUAUCUCAUUUCUAAUCUGAUUUCUCUUAUCCUUGUCGUGUUGACAGCACAUAAUAUUAGACUAGAUAUUCUUCAAGAUACUAGUAUUCAGCUUAAAGUGGCCUUUAAAGGCUUAACUAGGUUAAUUAGGGUAAUUAGGCAAGUCAUUGACUACGUUUACAUGGACAUCAGUAAUCUAAUUAUUUGCCUUAAUCUGUAUGUGCGCUAUUACAAAAAAAUGAUCAUGGUAUCAUGUUUCAUAUCAUUCAGUAUUGUUAAUUAUUGAAUAUUUUUAAUAAUACAUUUAGAAAUAUUAGGAUUUUUGUUAUUUAACCAAUUUAUUUUAUACAACAUUACUAUAGCAAAUAGUCAAAAACUAAAAUAUUUAUAUAAAAUAUCUGAUCUCUUUAUAAUAAAAUAAGUGUUAAUAAUAAUAAUAAUAAUAAUAAUAAUUCCUUACAUUUAUAUAGUGUUUAUAUUUAUAUUUAUAUUUAUUUAUUUAUAUUUUGGGGUAAUCUCCUCAACCACCCCCAGUUAAAGAGACUCUUAAACUUUCUAAAUAUCUCUCAUAUAAUAAAUAUAAUAUAAUCUCUUAAAUAUUCUAAGUAUUUGCUAAUAUUGCAGUGUGAUAACAGAUGUUAGCAUACUAACAAUGCGAUAAUCAUGCUAGUAAACAGUUAAUAUGUAAGAGACAUACUAGUAACAUGACAAAAUAUGCUAAACCACUGUAAAACAUGUUUGCAGUGCAUUUGAUUAUUAAAACAUGAUGCUAAUGCAAUUAAAUAUUUUAAUCAUUAAUACUUAAUAUUUUAAUCAUGUUUCAUUUUUAAUUUGUCCACUUUAACUGCAGUUUGGCACUUUCACUUUCAUUCAGGAACAUUUCAUGCAUGCCCCCCGUCACGAACGAGAUAUUGGAUGCGAGUUUGGACUGCUGGAAGAGUGUAGUUUUAAUGGAGUUUGAUACCGCACACCAUAUGGGGGAAAAAAAAAUCGACAUUUCUUGAUGCAGGUGUCUGUGAUCCUUCACUGACUCGGUAGGGGCAGAGAACGUACUCACUGACUACGUUUACUUGGAUAUCAGUAACCGAAUGAUUUGCCUUAAUCUGAAUAAGACAAUAAUAUGAUUAAGGUGUUUACAUGAGUGGCUUUUUGAAUGCUCCUUUCAUGAUCCGGUUUUACAUGUUAUAGCACAAAAUUUCAUUAAUAUCAUUGCGUCUGCACGCUAUCCACCUUUUCCCCUGGAGUUUCAUGUAAUUUCUGGCAUUUCAGUUAUUAUUUGUUGACUUAAACUGCAGUUUAGCACUUUCACUUUCAUUCAGGAACAUUUCAUGCAUGCCCCCCUGUGACAAACGCGAUAUUGGAUGCGAGUAUGAACUGCUGAGAGUGCUGUUUUAAUGGAGUUUGAUACCGAAAAACUGUAUCUGUGGUCUAUCACUGACUCGGUAGGUGCAGGGAGUAGUGUCAAACAGUCGUGUGUAUACUAUCCUGUCACAAAAUGCAUGUAAAAUCCUUCCCAACUUGUUUAUAUGUCUGUUCUACACUUAAAUAAUGCCACUAAAAUCAGCAUACUCCACAUGUCCUUAUCUGAUUUCUAUUUAGUUUAUGAUUAUGACUACGAUUAAGUGCAUCAAAAAUCGCUGUUUACAUGUCAGACUCUUAAUCAGAAUAUUGGAUUAAAAUCGGAUUAUUGGUGUCCAUGUUAAGUCAAGUCAUGCUGUUUGUCAUUCCACUACAUGUGUGGACAUACAGAGGAAUGAAAUAUCGUGUUUGCAGGACAACGGUGCUACUGUAUAUAAAUUAAUCAUAAAUACAAACACAACACUAUACAUAAGAGCUAUUUUAAAACAUGACAUAUACUAUAAGAUACUUAACUAUACACAAGACAGGCUCUACAAGUACUUUUACAUGAGAUUGAACAAUGUUGUGGAGGAUAUUGUGCAAAAGAGGUAUUUAGGGUUUAAUAUUGUGCAAGAGUUAUUUAAGGUUGAAGCAAGCAGUGCAACAUGAUUGUGGUACAUUUAUAGUAAACAUCUGGGUUUGUUCUGCAGACAGUCGAUAAAAUUAAUGCUUAAGGAGGCUAUUAAUAUUGGGAUUAAAAUGGGAUUAAAAAAUUAAGAACUGCUUUUAUUCUAGCCGAAAUAAAACAAAACUUUCUCCAGAAGAAAAAAUAUUAUAGGAAAUACUGUGAAAAAAUCCUGAAUCUGUUCAACAUCAUUUGGGAAAUAUUUGAAAGAAAUCACAGGAGGAGCUAAUAAUUUUGACUUCAACUGUGUAUACACACACACCCACACACACUUUAGCUUUCCUCACCGUCUGAGCGGCUGUUUUUAAACCUGUCCCCUUUUCUAACGACUCUCCUUAAUACCGAUUAUAUAUGCAACCGCAUUUUACAGUGUUUCUCCUUCACAUUCACCAUGCAGAGUCUGGAGACGUUGCCUUUGUGUCUUCUGAUGAUUUUUAGCCUUCUUGACUACAGACUACAGUGUUUUCCGCAAAAGACUUUAAUCAUACCUGGAUCUUCGUCUUGAAGCUUCGCUGUUUGUCUUCUGACGGUUCGUUUGUCUAUGUAUCGUCUGUUUUAACACAUCGUAAUCACGUCAGAGACUCUCAAGCCUAAAGCAACAUUUAUAGUUCGUCUUCUGUCUUUUUGUCUCGUUUUGUUUGCUGUGUCCAGAGGGAAAAGCCAGUGAAGUGUGAUAGAUCAGAUGCGGAUAUAUUUGUAAUUUAAUAAAUCAUCACUUUUAUUAGUUUUAUAAUGAACUGAACACAAUAUAUUUACAGGAACAUGCAUCUGUUCAUGAUGAGAACUAAAAUUGUUGCUCCUUGCGACAUAAUUUUCAUACGUAAUUAAGAGAUUUUGAUUACUGUAAUAUUUAAUUUGAAAUCAAUGUUGUUGUUUAUUAUUAUUAUUAUAAAAUUGACUUGAUU